CCCCACCCGUGAUACACGCGCGCGCGAGAGCGAGACCCAUCGCCACAGCACUCACUCCGGACCGUAAUCCCGUCGCCGAAUCUCACGCGCCGUCGACGUCAAUGGCGUCCACGCCCUCCGCCGCCGUCCACUGCGCCGCGAGGACAUUCUCCCCCUCCGCGCCGCGCCGCGGGCCGGCGAAAUCUGCCUCCUUUGUCAGCGUUCCGGGGGGGCGGCGCCGGGUGGUGGCCGCGGCGCUGGGGGACAUGGACAUGCGCCCGGCCAUCGACGAGAACCCGGAGGGCGUGCUCUCCGGCGAGUGGCCCGGCAACUUCUCCCUCGCCAGCUACGACGACCUCCGCCAGUACCUCGAGUCCCAGAUCGUCUCCACCGACAAGAUGAGCCCCACGGCGAAGCUCGGGGAGGUGAUGUCGCGCCCGGUGGAGGUGGCCACGCCGGACCAGAAGCUGGCCGAGAUCGACGCCCUCUUCGCCACCCAGUCCGGCCUGCCCGUCGUCGACGGCGAGGGCAGGUGCAUCGGGGUCGUCUCCAAGAAGGACAAGGCCAGGGCAUCCAAUGGGUUGGACUCAACCAUUGGAGAAGUCAUGUCCUCACCUGCUGUAACUCUGACCCUGGAGAAGACCGUCUUGGAAGCUGCUGCAUUGAUGCUCAAGCAUAAAGUUCACAGGAUACCAGUUGUGAAUGAACAACAGCAAGUGAUAGGGAUUGUCACGCGGACGGACGUGUUCCAGGCCUUGGAGGCCAGCAAGGCAUAAGAAGAUCCUGCAUCCUUUGUCCUCACUGUACAUGUCGACAGCGGCAGCAGCCUAUUUAGCCUACGGGACUGCCGCUCCUGUACAGUAAUAACCCUAGUGGUGUGAUGUGUACAUGCCAAGGCCUUCCUAUAGCGUGCUCUUGGGGUGUAUGAGUCGCGCCAUGUGUUGUUGGACCUGUGUGACCUUGAAUAGCUGUUCUGGCAUGGGUAUGUUUGCUCUCUCUUUUGUGAUGAAAUUGUGAGUAUUUGUGCAGUUGAGAACUUUGCCUUGGUUGGAGCUGCUCUCCGAAGCUAUCUAUCUUUCAUGUAAACAGGUGCUAUCCGAAGCUGAAGUACAUUUGAACUUUGAUCGUUUUAGCAUGUAUAUAUGGUUUUGUUUUGAGAAA